AUGCACACCACUAAGCUCCCGCUCCUCAUUGCUUCGGCUGCUAUCCUCUCCAUUCCCACCGCCGUUCUUGCUGCCGAUGACCACUUGAGUGGCCCUACGACUAAGGUCACCGCUAGCGGACUCGAAAUCGUCACGGCCAAUCCCAAGACAUGCAAACGUCCUACCAAAUCUGGUGACGAGAUCAGUGUACACUACCGUGGCAAGCUGCUGUCUGACGGCACCGUAUUCGAUGAGUCAUACAGUCGUGGAGUGCCUCUCGACUUCAAGCUUGGUGUUGGCGAGGUGAUAAAAGGAUGGGAUGAGGGCUUGUCAGACGCUUGUGUUGGUGAACAAAGGAAGCUGGUCAUUCCUCCAGAACUGGCCUAUGGACAUAGCGAUCUCGGUGUCAUCCCUCCAGACAGCACAUUGAUCUUCGAUACAGAGCUUAUUCAGAUAGCUGGUGUACCCGUCGAGGCUGAAGAGCCUGCGCUCAGGCCCGAAGAACUGCUACCACCACCUCCGAUUCCGCAGGACGAUUUCCCUCCACCCCCACAUCCACAGUCCGGCACCGGGUCUGAGAAGGGUCCUAAGGGUAUGAUGCAAGCACAAGAUGGCGAGUGUAAGCUUCUAGGUCCUUUUGCCCUUGUCGUUCAGGCUGCACUAGGUGCCCUCGCUCUGCUUUCUCUUGUUUUCAAGCGCUGGAGAGAACGUCCACGACGCCCACUCAAGAUCUGGUUCUUUGAUGUUUCCAAGCAGGUGGCCGGUACUUUCCUGCUGCAUCUCGCCAACUUGGGCAUGUCUAUGUUCUCAUCGGGCAAGUUCGAUCUGGCCAGCACAAAACCCGAGGAUAUUUCUGCAAGUGUCUCUGCUGUUACUGCUGACGACGGCAACAUGCCAAAUCCCUGUUCAUUCUAUCUUCUGAACCUGGCUAUUGAUACUACUAUUGGCAUCCCUGUCCUUGUCAUAUUAUUACGUGUCCUACACAAUCUAUUCGCAAGAACUCCCAUCGCAAACCCGCCAGAGUCGAUCAAGUCUGGUUAUUAUGGCAACCCACCACGAGCCACUUGGUGGCUCAAGCAGUCUAUCAUCUACUUCCUGGGACUGUUCGGCAUGAAGCUGUUCGUCUUCUUGCUCUUUGCAAUGCUCCCAUGGUUGCCAUGGGUUGGUGACUGGGCUCUGCGCUGGACCGAAGGCAAUGAAGCCCUUCAGAUUGCAUUCGUGAUGUUCAUCUUCCCUGUGGCUAUGAACGCCAUCCAAUACUACAUCAUCGACAGCUUCAUCAAGAGCAAGGAAUCUGAUAGAGAAGGUUUCCAGGCAGUGCCUACCGAGGACGAUGAAGAGCACAGGGGAGAUGGUGUCGGCGUGAAUGAUGAAGACAGGUCUAAGAGAAGAGACAGAGUUAGCACAGCGGAACAUGUGACCGAGGCUAAUCCCACAGUAGUGCCGUCUUACGACCAUGAUUCGGAUGCUGAAGCCUCGAGCGGGAGUAGCUUGAAUCAUAGGAAGUAA